CGCGUUCCAAUGACGUCACGAAGCCACUUUCCGGCCCACUGGCAGAGUCGGCCCGGGCUUGUGAGGGUCGGGGGCGCCAUGGGGGCCACUGGCGACGCCGAGCAGCCGCGGGGACCCGGCGGAGCAGAGCGGGGCGGCCCGGAGCUGGGAGACUCGGGUGCAGCGGGGCAGCUGGUUCUCACGAACCCUUGGAACAUAAUGAUAAAGCACCGGCAGGUGCAGCGAAGGGGCCGCCGAUCACAGAUGACAACCAGUUUCACGGACCCUGCCAUCUCCAUGGACCUCCUGCGAGCCGUGCUGCAGCCCAGCAUCAACGAGGAGAUCCAGACCGUGUUCAACAAGUACAUGAAGUUCUUCCAGAAGGCAGCACUGAACGUGCGGGACAACGUCGGGGAGGAGGUGGACGCGGAGCAGCUGAUCCAGGAGGCCUGUCGGAGCUGCCUGGAGCAGGCUAAACUGCUGUUCUCAGAUGGAGAAAAGGUCAUACCCAGAUUGACCCAUGAGCUUCCGGGGAUAAAGCGAGGUCGGCAGACAGAAGAGGAGGGUGCCCAUCGAGGAAGUCCCAUUCCCAAAAAGAGGAAGGGACGGCCUCCGGGACACAUCCUGUCGAAUGACCGGGCAGCCACUGGCAUGGUGUGGAAACCGAAAUCCUGUGAACCGAUUCGCCGAGAAGGCCCCAAGUGGGACCCAGCUCGGCUGAAUGAAUCGACCACCUUUGUGUUAGGGUCUCGAGCCAACAAAGCCCUGGGCAUGGGGGGCACCAGAGGGAGAAUCUACAUCAAGCACCCACACCUCUUUAAGUAUGCAGCUGACCCCCAGGACAAGCACUGGCUGGCAGAACAGCAUCACAUGCGGGCGACAGGGGGGAAGAUGGCCUACCUCCUCAUUGAGGAGGACAUCCGGGACCUCGCUGCCAGUGAUGAUUACAGAGGAUGCCUGGACCUGAAGUUAGAGGAGCUGAAAUCCUUCGUUCUACCCUCCUGGAUAGUUGACAAGAUGCGAAAGUACAUGGAGACCCAGCGGACAGAGAAUGAGCACCGUGCUGCUGAAGCGCCUGCGCAGACCUGAAGCCAAGUGCCCUGGCUGCCCCCUGGCAGCCGUCCUCCAAGACCCUGUUGCCCCAAUGGCUGAGGCCACCGCUGAGACUGCGCCUGGACGGGGGACAGCAGCAUUAAGCCGUGUCUGGGCUCCUCUGUAGUGACUCACUACAGAGCAUCCUCAGACUGGCAUGUAGUUCUGUAUUUGUAAAGUUAUUAGGAGGCAAAGCAAUUAAACAGUUUGUAAUAAACACAGA